UUCCUUCCUUUUUUUAAAGACACUGUUGGUGUUUAAUGUACCUAUUCGAUGACUUAGUUGAACGGUACUUUGGGGUUUUUGACCGAAAUGGUUAUCGCGAGCGUGGUAAUGCUAAUUCGCGAUUGCUAACCUUUAGCAUGUACCAAAGGCAAAUUCUGUACACUAAAUGUAGACCAAACACUCAAUACCAGCAUGGAUUUUAAGGAUGGAAGUAAAUCCCUCAUAAAUUGGACUAAAUGCACGCUUUUCCUCGGUCUCGUUUCUUUACUGUCACACUGUUUGACUGAAGAAUUGCCCGUUUUUGUCACGUGACAUUUGCAAGGCUGCACAGGAGAACCAGGCCAUUAUGUCGAACAAGACACGAUGCACGGGCGAGGAAGGGAUAAAAUGGCAAAGAACAGAUAGAAGUAGGAGAAACACUCUCGGACGAGUGUCACGAGUGACAGUGAAGACAUCGUCACCGCUGAGGAAAAGGUGGGAUUGACGUUGUACAUCAUCUGAUUUGGACACAUCAGCGACUUGUGAGUUGAGGUCACGCAAAGUCCUGUAAAAACCAGCAUCCACUCGGCUGGAUGGAUCACAACGCAGUCCAAGUCCACGGUUUGGAGAAGAGAGUGGACUUCUCAGACCCGGGCCCGAUGGGCUCAGCGAUGAAGACUCUCCCUUACGGCAUGGGCGGAGGCACAGGCGUGGGACAACCGGGAGGAGCGGGGAAACCCCCGUACCAAACCCGAAUCUUCUCCACCUCUUUUGAUCAGACACCCAUGAAAGCCAAGCCUCCCACCUACAGUUUCUUCAACCCGUACGAAGCAGCCCGGAACCAGUCGCUGCUACUGGACCAGACAGGUUACCGCUCCAAGCGUAAGCCCUCGCUGAAGACUGCCAUGAAGACCAAGAAGAUCUUCGGCUGGGGGGAUUUCUACUUCAACGUCAAGACGCUCAAGUUUAGCUUGCUUGUGACGGGGAAGAUCGUGGACCACAUCAACGGGACGUUCACCGUUUACUUUCGCCACAAUUCCUCCAGUCUCGGAAACGUGUCGGUCAGCAUCGUGCCGCCAACUAAAGUGGUGGAGUUUGAGGUCCUCCAGCAGCAGCAGCAGCAGCAGCAGUUCCUCCACCCCCACUCCCAACAGGAAGUGCACCUCCAGGAGUCCCAGCAAACCACCAUCGACCCCAAAGAGGUCAAGACAUUCAACUGCCGAGUGGAGUACGAGAAAACCAACAGAUCUAAGAAGCCCAAGCCCUGCCUGUACGACCCGUCUCAGACGUGCUUCACGGAGCACACCCAGUCCCACGCCGCCUGGCUCUGCGCCAAGCCCUUCAAAGUCAUCUGCAUCUUCAUUUCCUUCUUCAGCAUCGACUACAAGCUGGUUCAGAAGGUGUGUCCGGACUACAAUUUCCAAAGUGAGCACCCUUACUUUGGAUAAGCCACACACACACACAGCGGUGACGACGACAACGAUGGGAACGAUAGUCAUAUUGAUUACCGAGGAUGGAGCCAGGGGACAGUUUCUUGCCUCUACACUGCUGCGAACUGUGGAUUUGAAUCAAGUACAGCCCGUACCUUGACUUACGAGCGCCCCCAACUUACCAGUUUUUCAACUUACAACCUGUUGUUUUGCUCUUUCUAGCCAUUUCAAGCAUUUAUCGAACGGGACAAAUGAAAACACUUGCAAGGAGCAUGGACGAAAUACACUGCAACAACCGUAUGGUAAAUUCCCAAACCAGGGGGUGGAGUCAGACCUUUUGACAUCGAAAAGUAAAGCCCUGACAGUUGAUGUGUCUCCGAGACAUUCGACUUGAUUAUUUGUGAAUCCAUUAUUUCUUUAAAUUCUCAUUUGCUAUGUUUUAUUUUUAUGUUCAUUAUUUCCAACACAGCAUGAGUUUUCAGUGUUAAAAACGGAAUAGAAAUAUUAUUUUUGAGUGGGCAAACAGGUAAAUUGAAUUACAAGGUUGGUCGAGAGGGGGAAACAAAACUCUUAAGUCAAGGUACUGCUGUAGAAUCAGUGUUAUAGAUGCCAAGAUUGUGUCAUUUUCCAAAACUACCCGCUGAAACUUUGGUAACUUCUGUUUUUGCAGUUGUGUCUGUAAAUAUUGAUCUUGCCCUCCGCGCACUAAUUGUUUUCAAAUAUUUGUUUCUCCGUGUGAUUACUUUUUCCAAAAUCAAUACACCAUCCCGAGUACAAAGCGAGCCUCUGAAGCAGCCAUCACCCGAUGCGCAGUAUCUCAAAAAGUGAGUGCAUCCCUCACAUUUUUGGAAUUAUUGUAUUGUAUCUUUUCGCGGGACAACACUGAAGAACUCGCAUUUUGGUACAACGCAGUGUACAGCUUGUAGUGUACAUUUACGCUCCCCUGAAAAUAACUCACCGCACAUCCACCAAUAACUAAACCGCCUGCAACAAACGUGAGUACACCCCUAAAUGAAAAUGUCCAAAUUGGCCCCAGUUAACUAUUUUCUCUCCCUACGAUCAUGUGACUCGUUACUGUUACUCCCAAGAGUGAAAAUAAAUUUGGUGUUAGCAUUCUCACGUUCCCCCGUGCUGGUUAGUUCAAGACGUUGAACCGGAGCAGAAUAUUCACAAUGCCCGAGACCUGUUCUGCCGUUGGUUGUCACAACGGACGAGACGGAUAUUCAAAAAGAUCAUUCUAAGGAACACCAGCCAAAAAGACCGGAAAAUAUCGAUGCGUUUCGGCAAUCAAACGGGAUGGACGGUGCUUAACCAAAUACACACGACUGUGUAGCGAUCGCUUCAUUUCAGGUGGGAAUUAUUCUUCUCAAUCUCAAUUUCCCAACAAGUAUUUAUAAUGCCAAGUUGGCUCAUUUGAGAACAAUGCGUAUUAAAAAAAAAAAAAACAACAGGGAGUCGUCUCCAACGUACACGGAAGC